AUGCAAUCUGGAUUUUGGCAAAGAGUUCGACAGAACGCAACAGACCUUCACGAACGAAGGGUUAAUGAACUUGAUUUCAUUAAAUCAAUUGUUGAACUUGUCGCGUCAAAUAAGGAUGAGCUGCCUGAAGUCUUCAUCUCGCUAAAAGAAGCUUUUAAAAAACAGAAAAGCAAAACUUCGAAAGCUUUCAACCGAGAGCAAGCAUUGAGCCGAUUUCUCGCGAUGAAGAAAAAAGAUUUUGAUCCCCCUCAGGGUCUUCUAGUUGCUAUUCCCAAGUUUACGAAGGAUCCGCUUUUUUUUUGGAAUGGUGGUGUCAAAGAGUCAAAGGAGACAUUUGGAAAUAUUAUAUCUUUCAUCUAUCACAGCCUUGAACGAAUAAAGAUAUGGAAUGGCAUUCAUCGCGCAUUUCAUGCUCUCGCAAUUUAUGAACUUGUCCAGCAAUUUAUGGCGCUUUAUGAAAGUAACACCUUUACAGAGCAGAUUAGGGAAGCCUUCGCUGACUUCAUCCUCGGGAAGGAUGACCUCAAGAUGAGGCAAACGGUUAUAUCAAAUGUCCAAUCUGAAUAUAAAAAGGGGGCUACAUAUUGUCUCUAUGCAAAGAUUCUUGGUCAUGGCUGCUUCUUUUACAUGUUUAAUUCCAUGCCUCCAUAUAUAUAUGAGACGUACCUGCACUCGAAAGCAGAUAUCCAAAAAGUCUCGGCAUACUAUCAGGACAUGGUUGAUUUGGAGGACAGAGAGGGUGCAGAUCAGGCUGGAAAAAGCAUCAUGAAAGUCAUUAUUGAACAGUUUAAACAUGAACGAUCGAUGAUAUGGAUUAAAGCACGAAAAGAAAUGGGAAAGGAAGGGCGACGAAAAAGAAAGGCAGAACAGCAAGCUCAUUCAAAGAAACUACUUAAACAAAGGUUUUCUUUAAUAAAUGAUACUGGGGUCCCUAAUGUUCAAACAAAUGCGAACGCAUGCCCUGCUGCUUCCACUGGGCAUCAGGCAUUCAGCCCCACGGAUCAUGGGCAGAACGGUAAUGCCUCUAAUGGUAACGAGAUUGUUCCCUCUACGGAUGAUAGCAGUGCAACCUCAUCAGCUCUCAGAAAUAUUGAUUCGGCAACACCGAAUUUUCAAUCCAAUCACGAAUCCGGCACAUCAAUGACAUUGGAUCCACAAGCUUAUGCCGAAGGUUCGGAAGAUGAGGAGCAUGGCACUCAGCAACUGAGAUCUGAAAGUGCUGUUGUUCCCAGCCAUCUUAGGAAGCCUUUAGACUCGCCCUCGAAAAUAGCUAGCCCUCCCGGAGUCAACGGGGGCAAAAACAAGGAUAUGAGUGCGGGCAUUGUGCCACGUCAAGCUGCUGUAAACCCAAAAGCUCUGACAGCGCCAACGAACGAUGCUUUCCUUAACGGCGAUGCUUCAUACACUAAUGUCAACCUCAAUAGCCAUGACCCUACCGAUAUCCAUCUUGACAACCUUGACUUUACUGAUCUCUAUCUUGGCAAUCUUGACUUUACCGAUAUCUUUCUCGACGACCUUACCGAUAUUAAUCUCACUGACUUUGAUGCUUCGCUUACAGAAAGUCGGUCAUGA